UCACUAUUGAGUGGUAUUUUUUGGGUCAUGGAUGCGCGCGCUAGUAGUAGCGCCUUGCGCGGGGCUGGAGUGAUCGUCCCAGCUCCCGCCGCUUGGAUUCAUCGGCGCCGGCGGCAUUGCGCUGCGAUUUCCAGCUCGGGCAUAGAAUCUCCGAGUCUAGCAAGAGGCGUCACUGAUAACCAUGGCAAUUUUGUGAGGAAUGUAGCGGGACUGGAGCCUCCCACGCAGCUCCAAAUGCUGCUCGACGUCCUGCAAGCCAAAGGCGAGCAAGUAGUUUCUCCUGAGAAAAGGCAGGGAUUGCAUCCUUUGGCGAUCCCACUGUCACAAAACUCUACUGGCACUAUCACUGCUUUGUUGAGAUGGCCGACGCCACCAGAAGGCAUGGCGAUCCCAGUUGUCGAAGUACACACGUAUGGACUGUGCCUCCUUUCUAAGAGCGUAGAACAAUAUGUGCAAAAGAUUCUCGUCGAGGAAGAGGUUCACGGUCGUGGUGACGCAUGCUACAGUGCUGCCGUUGCUUCCGCUGGCGGUGAUCCGGACAGAGUUCCUUAUAAAAGAGGUGACUUCGAAAACUCCAAACUAGCUGGUUUGGAUGUCUAUCUCAUGAAGAAGGUGGGACUGUUUCCGGAUGUGUUUGAGCGCUUAGCUCUCAAGCACCUCGAGAAGGGCGACGAGGUAUCUGCUCUAGUGACCGGAGAGUUUUAUGUUACGAAGAAGCACUUUCCUGGAUUUGGAAGGCCUCUUGUUUUCAACGCGGAGCUCAUGCUAAAAAUUGGACGGAAGAGCGAGGCCAAAGACGCGGCCAGGAUUGCUCUCAAGUCGCCGUGGUGGACGCUGGGCUGCGAGUACAAGACUGUGGCCGAGAUUGCCGGGUGGGGAGACGAGAAAGUGGAGUACAUGAGAGAGAAGAUGACGGAGGAAGGAAGAAAGGAGGAGCUCAACAAAGGCAAAGCCCCCGAACAGGUGGCAUUGGAUCAAGCAGCGUUCCUUUUGGACCUGGGAACCGUGGAUGGGAACUGGGAUGAGAUUAGCGAGAAGCUUGCAUCGUUUUAUACGGAGGCUGGCCUGGACACCAUCGCCAAAUUCGUUGCGCUACAAAGUGAAAUGUAAAAGUGGUCGUUCUUGGGCUCGUCUUCUUUGUGGGCGAGGAUGGAAAGAGUACACGAGUGGUUGAGCUCUCGCAAAAGAAUGCGAAGCUGAAAAUCUAUUCUUUCAACGUUGCAAAUCAUUCAAGGCAAGCAAAGAUUUUUCUGCGUUAA